CUCCCGUGCACAAUAACGUGAGGAGUGUUGGCAGCUUUGGAGGGAGAAAGACUGACUCGUCUCCGAGGGAGGAAGGUGGGACUCCUCACAAGGUUGCCCUCCUCCCAGCUCCCUCUUUCCUGAGAAACAACUUAUGCUUUCGGCCUGAACUCAGGCUGCUGAGGACGCAGUGUUCCAGGGAUGGUGGCAGAUCUUGGAGAAGAAUGGCUGAGCUGAGACUCAGACGAGGAUGCUCUUGGCCUGCUGUGAACCAGACAGUGUGGAAAGCCACAGAAUAAACAUGCUGAACCUUCUAGGGCUGGUUCCUGGUCCUCUCACUUCACCUCCUGGUGUGACUUCCAGCUGAUGUGCUGAGCAAUAGUAUUUUCCUCCCUUCCUGCUCAGAUGCACCUAUGUCUUGCCAGCCAUUUUCCAAUUUCACCGGCUCUGUGAAUGACCAUGGGAUCUGCCAGUGCUCCGUCUCCAUGCCAGACACCACCUUUCCCGUGGUCAGAGUGGAACGCUUGGAAUUCACAGCUCACAUCCUUUCCCAGAAGUUUGAGACAGAGCUCUCUAAAGUGAAGGAAUAUGUCCAAUUAAUCAGUGUUUAUGAGAAGAAGCUCUUAAACUUAACUGUCCGAGUAGAAAUCAUGGAGAAGGAUAGCAUUUCUUACACUGAACUGGACUUUGAGCUGAUCAAGAUAGAAGUGAGGGAGAUGGAAAAACUGAUCAUACAGCUGAAGGAGAGUUUUGUUGGAAGCACAGAAAUUGUUGACCAGCUAGAAGUGGAGAUAAGGAAUAUGACUCUCCUGGUAGCGAAGCUGGAGACAUUAGACAAAAACAAUGUCCUUGUCAUUCGCCGAGAACUUUUGGCGCUGAAGCAAAAGCUGAAGGAAUGUGAGGCUUCUAAAAGUGAACAUGCUCCUCUCCUGCCCCCUCCUCCCGCUCCAGGCAGCUGUAGUCAUGGAGGUGUGAUGAACAUCAGCAGACCAUCUGUGGUUCAGCUCAACUGGAGAGGGUUUUCCUAUAAGUAUGGUGCUUGGGGUCGGGCUUAUUCUCCUGAACAUCCAAAUGAAACACUGUAUUGGGUAGCACCUUUGGAAACAGAUGGGAGGGUACUUAAAUAUUACAGACUCUACAACACAUUGGAUAACUUGCUGUUGUACACACAAGCUCGAGAAUCUCUAAUUUCCUACGGCCAAGGUAGUGGUGCAACAGUUUACAACAACAACAUGUAUGUCAAUUGGUAUAACACUGGGAACAUUGCCAGAGUUAACUUGACCACCAACACCGUGGCUGUGUCUCAAUGGCUCCCUUAUGCUGUCUAUAACAACCGUUUUUCAUAUGCUAAUGUUGAUUGGCAAGAUAUUGACUUUUCCGUGGAUGAACGUGGACUGUGGGUGAUUUAUGCAACUGAAGCCAGCACUGGUAACAUAGUGAUAGGGUUACUCAAUGACACCUCACUUGAGGUGCUAAAAACUUGGGUUACCAAGCAGUAUAAGCCAUCUGUUUCUAGCACCUUCAUGGUAUGUGGGGUUCUCUAUGCCACCCGUACUUUGAAUACCAGAACAGAAGAAAUUUUUUACUACUAUGACACCAACACAGGUAAAGAAGGUAACCUGGCCAUUAUUAUGCCUAAGAUGCAGGAAAGAGUACAGAGUAUUAAUUAUCACCCCUUUGACCGCAAACUUUAUAUCUAUAAUGAUGGUUACCUUCUGAAUUAUGAUCUUAUCUUCCAACAGGAACCCAAAUAAAGUAUCUAGGUGUUAGAGUGAAAAAGAAAUAAAAUGUUUGUUGUAAAAAGUCUUCUCCUCUUAUUUAGAUAUCUGCAGGAGAAUCUAGAAGUAUUUUUCUUUAGUAGUGAUAUUUAGGUGCACAGUCCUGAACACUUAGGAUAUUUGCUCUGAUUUGAUUAGUUAUCUUGGUAAUCUUCUGCUCCUUGAGAUAUAUUUCCCAGUGGAAGUAAAGUUCUUUCAGGGUGGAAUUGCUAGAGGUGAAUGGGCACAAUGCGUCUAAUGGAGCCUACAGUAAGGAGGCAGGUGGAAACUAAGAAACUUGAAUUAGGGAACUCAGUAUAGAUUCUGUUGGUCCUUUGUACAAGAAAAUCUGUUCAAUGAACAGUCCUUGUUUAUUGUAGUCCUUUCCAUGCCUAAAAAGAACUUGGGGCUUAAUUUAGCAGAUUAAUAUCUGAAGGUGCUUGAGUGACUGAAUCCCCAACUUUGUUUUCUCACUAGCUCUUAAAAUAAUGCUAUGUAAAUACUAGAUAAGUAAACUUGGCAGUCUUUGUGAUAUCUGUGAAGUUCUCUGAGUUUUCCAGAGAAAGGACCUUUUAUACAUUAAAUUGUAUACUGCCAAUCAAUUUCAGAAGGAUCUUCAGAUGAGGCACUUAAUUUUGUUUUCUUUCCUUUUCUACCAAUUUAAGAGUCAGUAGAACACUUUGUAAUUUAAUUUGAAAGGCAGGUCAGGAAACUAGAAUCAGACUUCCAGUCAAUUCUCCCAACCCGUCUCUACUUCCGGCAUGGUUUUUUGGUAAACAGCAAUAACAAGAACAAUAAACAUUAGCCAAUUUUCUAUGGGAUAGUCGUAAGGUAAAAAAAUUAAUUUUCUUUUGUCUCAUCAUGAACUUUUAUUUAGAUGGCUCUAGAUAAAAAUAAAAUCAGACGUUAGUGAUAAAAUGGUAGCAUUUAUGAUUAUAGAAUAAAUACUGGGAGCAUAUGUGGGAGUUGUUUGUAUCAAUUGUUUCAUGUAAUUUUUGUCUUUGUUUAAACCUGGAACUUAGAAAAAGUGAAAAUUUAAUUUUUUCAUAGGAAGAGAUAUCAAAAAUCUAUGUAAAGUAUCUGAUAAAUCAAUGCAGGAGUUGAAAAAUCUUACAGGUUUAGGUGGUUCUGUGCUUUUGGAUGGCUUUAUCAUCUGGUUUUAGCUAUUUUACCUGAUGUUUAAUUCCUAGUCUAUAGGACUAGCUAUUUUAAUGCUAUAUUCCUCUUUUUUUAUGUAAAUGAUUAAAAUGU